CUUAUCGAUCCCAGCUAGCCGAUCUUUAGCUUUUGUGUCAGAAUGCUGUCUGCGGAGUGUCGCUGCGUGUCCGUUGUUUCUGGCUGAACGUAUCCGGUACCGGGAGGCUUUAAUGUUCCGUGCAGCUAAUUUAAAAACCAUCGGCAAAGCGGGAACUGGCUGGCACUUUCGCCGGACGAUGGACGAGCUGGUCCACGACCUGGUGUCAGCGCUGGAGGAGAGCUCGGAGCAGGCGGCUCGCGGCGGCUUUGGAGACGGAGGAGAUCACGCUCUGGCCGUCGGCUGCCUGCUGAAGAGGCAGGCUCGGAAACGACGAGGCAGGAAGAGACGCUCCGACAACCCACACCCGCCCUGGGAGACGGGACACCUCAGCGAGGGCUCCGAGUCCAGCGUGGAGGAACACAAGGACUACCGAGCCAGCACCGGAGGCGUCUCUGCUGCCAACAGCCAUGGCCGCGAUAACAGCGACUCGGACGAGCAGCUCGGCCCCAAACGGAGAAACCCCCACACGGCUGAGGUCGGCCGGAGCAAGAGGCCGCUGUGGCCGGACGACGUGGGCGUGUUGGGGUCCACGGAGGGAACCCGCAGCCUCAGACGGCGCCGUAAAGUCAAACGCAUGGCCGUGGACCCGCCAGCAGAACCGGAACCUCCCUCCUGCACCAUGCUGGGGCCCCCGCCGGUCCCCAAAGCCCGGGGGGGCGGGCGGCCCCCCAGACUGGGUCCCAUGGAGCUCUGUGGAGGAGGCCUGGUGAUGUCUGGAGGGGGGAAGAACCGGGUGAAGAAGAGGAAGCUGGCCUCCCACAGGCCGGGGCUGGAGGCUGCAGAUGAAGGGGUGGUGGUGGAGAGCGAGGACCCCGUCUGCUCCCCGCUGGGAGCCUCCAAGGACAAGAUGGAGCUGGAAGAGCCCAAGGGCUCAGAUGAGGACAUGAGUGACAGGUGUGAGACCAGCAGUGUCAGCAACAGCAGCGACGGAGGACUCUACACUAACGACGAAGGGAGACAAGGAGACGAUGAGCAGAGCGACUGGUUCUACGAGGGCGAGCCGGGUUCUGGUUCUGGACCCGGAGGGGCCUGUGGGAUAGCGGGAGUGGUUCCCUGGUGGGAGAGGGAGACCGGGUCCGAGGAACUGGACCUGGCUGACCCGGUCUUCAACAGCAUCCUCACUGGAUCGUUUCCUCUCAUGACUCCUGGAGCGCAGAGAGGGUUCCAGGCCAGGUUGAGUCGUCUCCAUGGAAACCAGCAGGUAUCUGACGCCGGGCUGCAGGGAAGCUCGAGUCAAGGCUUCAACGAAAGGCUGAGCAGACAGAACCAGGACGCCCACGAGCCUUGGUUCAGCUCAGGAUCCAGGAGAGAACACGGACAGCUGCACUGGGACCCUCGAACAGACCGAGGACAUCGGAGGAGCUGCUCAGUUAAAACAGCCAGCAGACAGACCAGCGGACAUCUGGGCUCUCUCUGCACCGGAGACGUGAAGCGACGACGGAAAGCCGCCCCCCUCGGCUCCACCGCCCCCUCAGGCGUGGUCGGGGAGAACGCCGCCCCCAUCCCAGACUCCAACGUGGGCAGCCGGAUGCUGCAGAGCAUGGGCUGGAGCCCCGGGAUGGGCCUGGGCCCGGAGGGACGGGGCAUCACCGAGCCCAUCAGAGCCACCCAGAGACCCAAAGGCACCGGGCUGGGCUUCAACUGAACCGCCGGAGGAUGGUCGUCACGGCAACGCUCCGAGGAGGAGGAGGAGCUUUCCCAUAUUGGGGAAGCAGCAGGAAGCCGAACGGACUCCUCAUCUAGAGGAGGAAUGAAAAAAAACGGCUCUGAGAAACUUUAGGAAACACCGGAGAGCUACCUGGUUUUGGUCUAUGGUUCUGGUCCACGGUUCCGUCACAUGUUGCACAAGAACUCCAAGUACCUCAGAGACUUCAGGUUCCCGAUGACGGCGGGAAUCUGAUUCAUUAAAGGAUGAAGAUAAAACUCUGAAAUGUAGCAGCGACUUUAAGGAUGAAACGAAUAAUUUAAGCUUCUGAACGAGCUGCUGGGACUUUUCCUUUAAUAUGACAUGGAGAACCGGUUACAGAAGAAUGUUUCUGUUCACAUUUAAAGCUCCUAAAUAUCUGAUGCUAAUAUAAAUCCAGACUCCAGCCUCGUCCACAUGAGCACAGAUGUUUUAUUCCGUCUACAGAAUCACUCGAAACAUGAGACUGAAAGAAGCUGCUGAAGACAGGGAGACAACGAUUAAUCGAUUAGUUAUCGACAGUUUGAUUAAUCUGCAGUCAUUUUUAGAAUUAUUCAGCUUGAGUAAGAAAAAAGGUCUAAAUUUUGUGAUGUCAGUGUCUUAAAUGUGAAUAUUUUCUUGUUUAUUUCCUCUUUUAUGACAUUAAACUGAAUAUCUUUGGACAAAACUAGACAUUUGAGGAAACUCUGCUAAACAUUUUUCACCAUUUUCUGACAUUUUAAAGACAAAACAACCAAUUUUUAAAUCAAUAUUUAAACUAGUCUUUAGUUUCAGCCCUUUAAUAAACCCUCAUCAAACCAAACUCCAUCCAAAAACAUUCAAAUUUAAACCAGAUAGAGAAUAUUUAUGAAUAAAUCCUCAUUUUUAGCUGAUUGCUUAAUCUAGAAAAUGGUCAGAAAUGUAAAUCUAGUCGUGCACUGUACGGUUUGGUUGUGAUUGUAUCAGAAAUUGAAGAAAAAUUACUGUAAGUCUACAUAUUUUUCCCUAUGAUUUUUUAUUUUAUUUAUUCAAGCUUUAUUUUACCAGUUUAAAAUGUUUGCAGACAUUUGCAAACACGACCUGGCAGUAGGAAAUGUAAUCUUUUUAGUUUUUUUUUUCUUCCUCAGUGACAGAAAACUGAAUAUUUUUGUUUUUUUCAUCCUUUAUUACAGAAAACUGAAUAUUUUUAGAGUUUUUUCUUCUGUUACAGAAAAUUUAAUAUUUUAGGGAUUUUUUUCUUCCUCUGACAGAAUAUUUAAGAUUUUUUUUCUUUUUCUGUUACAGAAGAUUUUAUAUAUAUUUUUCCACCUUUAUGACAGACAAUUGUAUAUUUUUGAGUUUUUUUCUUUUUUCAGAUAACUGAAUAUUUUUGGUUUUUUUCUUCCUUCGUGACAAAAAUUUUUUUUCUUCCUUUAUGACAGAAAACUGAAGAUUUUUUUUUGAUUUUUUUCAUCACUUUCUUCCAUCAUUUUCAGGCCCAAACAACUAAUGGACUAAUCAAUAAAUAAUAAUAAUUAUUCUAAUUAGUUGCAGCCCCAGUAGUUUCUAAUUAUGUUCACUGUGGACGUAUUUUUCCAAACAUUUAAAUUUUAUGGAUGUAAAAACACAAAAAAGUCAAGUUUUAAAGCUACAUGUAGACGAGGCUUCGAAGUUUAAUUAGAUUAAAGAGAAAACAGGUUUUUAAAUGAUUUGUGGGUAAAAAAUAGAAUCUUUCAGAAGAUUUCUGUGGAUGAAAACUAAAGUGCAGCUGAGAGAUUGACGAACAGAAUUUUUUUUUUUGUCUCUAAACAGCUUCAUUUUAACCAAAAGGAUGUUUUUGGUUUGUUUUUGUUUGUUUAUUUUUUAAUUCUGCUUGUCCAAAUGAAAUAAAUGUGAGUGUGAGUGACAGAAAAACGUUCAUUAAAUGUGAAAACUGUCUGAA